UGUUUUUUCCUGACAAAAACUGUUAUUUGCAUACGUUCUUUCUUGCGUUAUUAGGUUAAAUAUCUGAUGCUCCAUGAUUCUGUGAUGUCUUUAAAUAAAAUAGUUGGUUAAAUCUUAGACAGCGAUAUCAAUGAAAAUACAAUGUUUAUGUAGGGAGCAUUGACUAGUUGGAAGCUUUUCAAUUCAUUUCUAGUUAUGUUAAUUUGAAUGUUACUAGAUUUAUUAGUUUGGAAGUAGGCACGUGUGUUUUUCUCAAUAAUGUACGAUUUCCUCGCUGAGGAACAUUGAAAUUUUUGUUUUACAUGUAUGUACAUUUCGUACAUUUCGGAAAAUAUACUUUUAUUUAGUAUAAUAUAUUAAUACGUAUUGAACGUAUAAGUUAAAGAUGGAUCAUGAUGCAUUUCGGGAUUACUGUAAAGCUGAAAAUAGCGAGGAUGAGGAAGUAAAUUAUGAUCUUCAGUCUCGAUUGUACGCCGAAAUUUAUUAUGGUCCAAGCGAUAUAGAGACCAUAGAUGUAAAACCAAACAUUAAGUAUGAAAAUAAUGCCGACAAUGAAACGGGACAAGUAAAUGAAAGUACUGUUCCACAAUCUGCUCCCAAUGACAAUUUAAAUAAGGACAAUUACGGAACAAAUCAGGAAAACUCAGGGCAUAGUUCAAUGAUAACUGAAAAGGAUGAUAAAACCAGUAUUAAAUUAAUUGUUACUGCAAAUGAAAUUGAUACAUCGCAUAACAACAUAAAUAAUCAAAGUAAUUUACCUUCUGUGAAAUCAGUGGAACAUUUUGUAGGAAAUGUUAAAUCCGUAAACAACAAUGUACAAUCAUCGUCAUCUAAAAAUAUGGAAAAUGUCAAAAAUAGUUUAGAUUGUCAGAAUACAUUGUCAGAGAGAAACAUUGCAGAAGCAGAAACAGAAUUAGAUAGUAAAGAACACUUAAAAACCUUACAGUGUUUAAAUCCUGAAACACCUGUGAAUGAGUCUUCUUGCAAUAACACUGAAAAAACACAGGAACUAGCAACUAAAGAAACAGAAUUAAAUGAUAACUGUGACAAUAUUUUGAACAAAUAUAAUUAUUUAAAAGUGGCUAUUAAUAAUCUGUAUAUUAAAAAAUAUGUGGACCUAGAAGAGAAGUUGCAGCGAAUAGAAGAAGAGAAAGAAAGAUGUUUGAAAGAAGCAGAAUCUAAAAAGGAUGAAGAGAAUAAGCAACAGGCAAAUCCUGCGAAUCAAAUGGAUACAGAAAGUAGAUAUGAUGUAGUAGCUGCAAAUGAAAAAACUCCAAAAGUAUCUGAUAGUACAGUAACAAUCAUGGUAUCAUCAGAAACAGACAGUGAUUCUGAAGAUUCCAUUUUAGAAGUACCUAUACCGCCAAAACCUCAACCCCCUGUUAUAAAUUUAAAUGAUUCUGAUGAAAGCUCUGAUUUGUGCAGUAGUAAUGAUAGUGACGAUGAAGAGCUCCCAACUGUCAUAGAAUGUGUUAAUGAUUCGUCUAAAAAAACUACAGAUAAAUCUGAUAAAGGUGAAAAAUCUUUGGAUACAAAUGCAGCUAAUGAAGACAUAGUGCUAAAUUGCACAGAUAUCCAAAAAUGUGCUACGAGUAUACAAGAAAUAAGAGAUACAAGCAGAAGUGUUCAGUCAAGUUCAGCUUGUAAUGAAAAUGAUUCAGGUAUAUUAUAUUAUCCUUUCAGUGAUGAUGAAAACAUGCAAAACUCCUACAUACCUUCAAAACCUACUGCCAAAAGUAAUUUUGUAUAUGAAAGAGAUAAAGAGAAAACAGUCAGUUUUGCAGAAGAUAUAGUUUUAUCCAAUUGCCUUAAAUCUAAUGAAUCAACUACAAAUAAGAGAAGACAUAAUGAAAGUGAUAAUGAACAUUGCACUAAUGCGGAACGGACAGAAAGUAGAUGUCAUGAAAACAAGCGUUCUAAAGUAAACCCUGAAGAACAUACUAAUCACGAUAAGAAUAACUCACAAAGGUGGCAAGAAUAUUUCUUUCGUCCCAUGUCCGACAAUGUUAAAGAUUUUUAUAAUGAAUCUCGAGGUCAAGAGAAUUUUGAUAUCAGGGAAAUACAGAAUAAUAUGUCAAAGGAUCCAAGACUUUGGACUAUUUUAGAUGAAGACCUGAUGCCUGGUCUUAACAGACAUAGAUAUUGGAAUUCAAAAAAUAAUCACUGUAAUUAUCCAGGACGUCAAAGGCAUAAUUAUGCAGAACAAUCUAAACCUCCUCGAUGUCAUAUGUGUGGUAGUGAAGGACACACAGAAGCCCGAUGUCCUGAAAAAAUGUGCCUCACGUGUGGUAAAAAGCAAGGAACGUUUAGAAAAACUUGUGAGUCGUGCCGCAUAUUGUAUUGUAAUAUGUGUGGAGCGGUAGGACAUAAAUCGACGGAAUGUCCAGAUCUUUGGAGAAGGUUUCAUCAAACGACACAAAAUUCUGCAAUAAACAUCCCAGAUAAUUUAUCUGAUGUUAUGAAACCUGCAGAUUUACUGUAUUGUUGCAAUUGUACCAAACGUGGCCAUGAUUCUUCGACUUGUAAUGAAUAUCGAUGGUCGCAACAUUUUCCUACGCCAGCAUACGUAUCAAAUUAUGUCGAUGGUCCAGAAUAUGAAAAUACAGAACCACAUGCUGUAAGUAGUAAAAACGAAGAUGUCAUCCUAUUAUCUGAUACUAAGAAACAUAAAACUAAGACAUUUGAAGAAGGUCAAGAUAACCUUGAAGGUUGUUUCGUUGUAUUUUCGUACGGACAAUUCCUUACAAAAAAUCCAAAUGGUGAAGAGGUUAAAAAGAAUCUUAUAAACGAUCAAAUUCAUGCUUCCCAGUUAACAAAUUUUUUUAAGGGCCGCAUUUUACCAUCUUUCUUGGAUAAUUUAAAGAAAGUAGUAAACUUUGAAAUCAAAGUAUAUUAUGAUGAAAAAAGGGAACUAAUGACAAGGGUUCGAUCUAUAGCAGACGUUGCUCCGCGUAUUUGUGAUAUUUUUGUGUUUUGGCUGAAACUUUCAGACGAAGAUAAACAUUUAGAGGUGUGUGUAAAUUUUCCACGUGCCACAAAGAAAAUGCUCAGAUAUUUAAAUUCAAAAUUAGGGGAACUGGAAAAAGAAUUAAAUGAUCCUAAUAAACUCUAUAAUGAAAUAAUGAGACAGAAUACAAAGCUGUCCAAUGCAAAGGAUUCUUCAGAAGCAGCUUCUAUUUCGAAAAUGAUAUUGCGUCUGAGAGGAAAAUUAAUGAAAGUAUUUCACGCGAAACCCAGGAUGAGUGAUUCUGUAAUGAAAUUAAAGAAACUAGUGAAAUCUGUAGCUGCAGCUGGGAAAAGGAGAGUUGAUAUUCCGUUGUAUUUAAGUAUUGCUCUGACUUACAACAAAAUAUUUAUACCGCGGAAAUUAACGGAUACUGAAAUGACUCGUUUACGUAAAAAUUAUUAUAAUGCAAAGAUAGAAACUAGAAGGAAAAAAAGGGAAGAGAAGAAAGCACAAACAAUAAGUGAUCCAUACGAGUCACUUAUACGAAAUUUAAUAUCUUAUAAUAAUAGAAAAAGCAAACCCAAUACACCUCCGCUUGUUGACAACAGUGAUGCUAUGCAAUCGACGAGAUCGUCUGAAAAAAACAAUACACAAACCUCCACUGUUAUUUCUGCUAGUGUUACAAAUCCUGUAAAAGAUAAUGUUCAAUGUAGCGAUAAUACGGAAGAUAAUAUAAAAACUACUUGCAUUGAAAAGUCUGACAUGAGAACUAAUACUGAUGAAUCUGAUGCAGUGUAUCCUAUAGAGCGUAUACAGUUACCACGUAAUGAAAAUGUACCAAGCAGUAGCGAAGCACUAGAUAUCAUAGAACAAGCCAGUAUUGUUCCAUCCGAUUCAGUUCCUUUACCUAAGUUAGCGGAUCUUGUAAAACAAUCAAAACAUGAUAGGUCUAAUUUAAUAACUGUACCUAUCAAAGACAAAGAACUCCCUGGACCACAGAAAAAUAAUGUACCUUGUCCUGAAGCAAGAUCUCCACAAAAUAACACAGAGAAAUCUUCAGGAACAACAAGUACUAACACUGAAACGAUAGAAACGUCUACUUCAAAACAAGAUGACGCAAGUUGUUCUUCAGACAGUAUUUCGACAAAGAAGAAAGUCAAAAAAUCCAAAAAAAGAAAAUCAGAUGAAAAUAAUUCAGAACCUACAACAAAUCACUCGAUAAAUCAUGCUUUGUGGAAUAAAGCUAACGCCGUUAUGAAUGAAGCUCUUGGAUUUAAUUUACCAUAUAUGAAUAAAGCUGUGGAAGAAGUUCGAAAAAGGAUAAAUGACGGAAGACUUAAGCAGGAACAUGUUGAUGUGUUACAAAGACUAAUAAAUUUAGAGAAUGAUCACCAAAAAUAUGUGAGUUCGUUUUGUAACUAUUUACAGUGAACAUUAUAGCUUUUAUUAUAUUCUAAUCUAAUAUGGAAUAAAAUGCUAUUGAAGCUUUUAAUCAUUUUGAAAUUAUUCUGAUUGUUUUGCUGUUCCUAUAUGCGAAAUUUUUAUACAGAUUUAGAAUAUAUGUAACAGUAAAAAGAAAUUGAAUUCUGGAUAAAAUUAUAUAUAAUAUACAAUGGAUGUAUUUUGUAUUGUCACUCUAAUUAGUAAACAUUUUAACUAAAAAAUUUUAGAGGUUGUAAUAAAAUCUAAAAAUACAAUUGUUCUUUUUGUGUAAAGGCUAUUUUUUUAAUCUGCAGUUAUUAA